UCGUCAGUCCUAUUUCUACCUUUCAUCGGGUAAUAUCUCACAAGUCCAUAAUAACGAAAGACAGCGGUGGUCACCACACAACGACGGCUAUUUCAAAAAAACGACAAUUCAAAAUUAUUUAUUAUUAUUAUUAUUUUAUUUGAUCAGUUUUAGUUAUUCUUUUUUUCGCAUUUUUUGUACAACUUUUGAUUCGUAUACAUCACAAUACAAAACACAUCAACAAAUUGACAUAAUUUCCAUAGUGAAACUAAUAUAAAAACGAAGAUACACAUUUUUGGAUUGUCGUCGCGUCGAUGAUGAUAAUAAAUAAGAAAGUCGAAUCGCUUAAAUCGAACGUCUAAUAGCUUCUAAUAAAAAAUAAAUAAAUAGUGACCCAUCGUAUCGAGAGAUAACAUUAAUGCAUCGAGCGCUUAUGUUUUAACUUUUCGCCAGCUCAAUUCAACGAUUGAUUGAAAACACCAUUUCCAUCUAAAAAUCCAGCCAUCAAUGAGAAAAAUUAUAUGCAACACAAGUGAAACGAAAGUCAUCAACGUCGACAACAAAGCAGCAGUUCAUUUUUUAAAAGUUCUUGACACACAAAAAUCAGCAUUUCUAAGACAAAUUGAUUAAUAACAAACAAAAAAGAAUUUUCGAAAAAUUCGAUCCGACUUUCAUUCGCAAUAAUUUUCGCAUUUUUUGAAUAUAUAAAUCAAAAACAUUGAAAUUGAUUCGUUUGUUUGUGGUGGAUUUUCUCGCGUUUUUAAAUGACAACCAACAAAAGAAACAUUUGAAAGAAAGACAGAAGUAAAAAAAAAAAAUCGAAUUCAACAACAACAACAUCAAAAAUCAAUCAAACAAACAAGUAAAUACCUAUACAUUUUUGUUAGUCAAGUGCGUUACUUGUUACGGUCGUGUGUUUUUUUUUUCGUCUCUCUCUUCAUCUUUGGCUGUUUGUGUGUGAGAGACUCUUUUAUUUCGGUGAAAGAGACAGAGAUAAACAAGAAAAAAAUAAUAAUAAAUAAAUAAAAGAAAGAGACUCUGUUGUUAUUUUCGCGCAAUUAACGUUGUGGACAUUUCAUUUUAUUAAUAAGUCAUCGCCAUCGCAUCGUGCGUAUCAUUUACCACUUGUGUUCGAACCACAACCUCCUUUUUCGUUGUCGUUGUUGUUGUUGUCGUCGUCGAUGUAAAAGUACACAGCAAAUACGUAUAUGUAUAUAUCGAUAGACUUUGGUAUAUAUUGAAAACGUCCAUUUGUACGCAGCGCGCACAAACCACCGUACGAUCGAACACCAUUGAAUAACAGCGAAAGAACGAGAUAGAGUGCUAACAUCAACUGUGUGCUUGGACCGUGCAGAGCACACACAAUAUCAACAGGUUGUGGUACACAAUAUCAACCGAUUGUUGUUGUUUCGUCGUUGUUUUUUUUUUUUUUAAAUUGAAGUCAAGAGAAAAGAGAAAAAAAUAUAUACAGAUAGAUAUAAAAAUAUAUACAAAAAAAAAAGAAAUAAUGUGUACGACGAUGAGAGUGUCUUAGUGUGAAUAUAAGCGCGCGCAUCCAACAACAAAUCAGUGUUCCAACAUCAAAACGAAUGCGAUCGAACGAAGAGUCAUUGUGACUCGUGUAAAAGAAUCCACAAAAAUGUUGGUGCCAGGACAUGUGUGUUCGUUGUAUGUUGCAACGGGAGGUGCUAAUGGACCGGCACUCGGAUCUGACGAAAAGGAAAUCGUUCUACUGGACUACAGUGUGAUCGAUGUGUUAACCAAUGAGGUAGUUUUAGCGAAUCAAUUUCUAGUCCGACCAAAUGGUCAACCCGGAGAAAAAGAACAAACUAACAAAAAAGACAAGUCCAAUAAUACACCAGAAACCGCUACAUCAACUGCAUCAUCCACAAAUGCCGAUACAUCAACAACAGCAACGCCGGAAUUCUCAUUUGCCGAAACGGUGUUGGAAAAAGUCGGAAAACCUCUUAAAGAUGUCAUCGAACAGUUUGACCAGGAGAUUCGAUCACGAAACAUCGAUCCAGAUAGUCCAACAUUUCGAAUAAUAACAGAUGGUCAAUUACCAUUGCGACAAUGCCUGCAUCCUGAAGCAUGUGCCAAAGAUAUAGAAUUGCCCAAUUAUUUUUGCAAAUUUAGCGAUCUAAGAAAGGAAUUUGUCCGAUUUAAAAUGUCGGAUGCAUGGCGAUCCGUAGUACCAAUAAAAGAUUUACCAAAUAUGCCACCAUUGCCAACUCAACCGACGACCAUAGCAGACAUGAUAACAGAGUUACAAAUUGAAGCGACCGCCCAACGAGAAAACGCUGACUUUUACUUUAACGAAAGUCGAGACAUGGUUACCGUUAUAACGAAAUUGUUAGAAGCUGGUCACAAAUUCGAGUCCAGUGAAAUGAUAAAUCUUACAUUUGAGCCGGGCAUAUGUUCAAUUGAUGACGAAGUCGACGGACAGUGUAUAGUUCGAGCUCGUGGUCUUCCAUGGCAGAGUAGUGAUCAGGAUAUUGCUAAAUUUUUCCGUGGUUUGAAUGUGGCCAAGGGUGGUGUUGCGUUGUGUUUGUCACCACAAGGACGUCGUAACGGUGAAGCAUUAAUUCGUUUUGUGUCUCAGGAGCAUAGAGACAUGGCGUUAAAACGACACAAACACCAUAUUGGAAAUCGGUAUAUUGAAGUGUACCGAGCAACCGGAGAGGAUUUCAUCAAUGUGGCCGGCGGUGCAUCGAAUGAAGCCCAAGCAUUAUUAUCAAAAGGUGCACAAGUUAUAAUCCGUAUGCGUGGUUUACCUUAUCUCUGUACAUCAAAACAAGUGUUGGAUUUCUUUGAAAUGGGCAAUGAUCCAGUUCACGUACUCGACGGCGAAGACGGAAUUUUAUUUGUUAAAAAACCGGAUGGACGAGCAACAGGUGAUGCAUUUGUAUUGUUUGCCCUUGAAUCGGAUGCAAAAAAGGCAUUAUCACGUCACCGUGAAUCGAUUGGCCAGCGCUACAUCGAACUAUUCCGUUCAACAACUGCUGAAGUUCAACAGGUGCUGAAUCGGUCAAUGGACACAAAAUCAUAUGAAAACAAUAAUACAACACAACCGCCGCUUAUACCACAACUGCCACCAGUGCAAUUCAAUUUGAUGCAGCCACAGCAUGUGAUUACAAGUGGUUCAGCGAAAAAUUGCAUUCGAUUGCGUGGCUUGCCAUACACAAUCCAGGUUGAAAAUAUUUUGGGUUUCUUGGAGGAUUUCUCGAAGCAUAUCAUUUUCCAAGGAGUGCACAUGGUGUAUAAUGCUCAGGGCCAGCCAAGUGGUGAAGCAUUCAUUCAAAUGGAUUCAGAAGAAGCGGCAUUCGCUUCGGCAAAAGAAAAACACAAUAAAUACAUGGUUUUACCGGGAAAAAAUCAGAAAAUUCGCUACAUCGAAGUAUUUCAGUGUUCGGGUGAUGAUAUGAAUCUGGUGCUGAAUGGAGGUGUAUCACCGAAUCAACAGCGUAAAUCGCCGUUACUUUCACACGGUAUGUUACAAGCUCAGCAACAACAGCAACAACAUACAGUUACUACCGAGAAACCGAUAUUAUCAAAUCAAUAUUUGCCCGCAAAUCUGGCGGCAAAACCUCUAUUAGCAAGUCCACCUCCAUAUCAAUUGCCCAAUCAUCAAUUGUCGAUGAAUGCGAAUGCGAAUGCGGCUUUGUUUGCUCAGCAACAAGCUCAAGCUCAUUUAAUUGCGCAACAAAAUUUAUUGGCACAUCAUCAGCAACAUGCGGCCGCAGCGGCUGCUGCAACAGCUGCGGCCGGUGUUGGUCAUCAUGUGCCACCCGGCUAUACAUUAAUUCCACAUUCGGCCGCCAGUGCAAUGCAUGGCACAAAUAGUAGUUUGGCCGCGGCUCAAUCACCAUUGUUGGCACAAUCGCAAUUAGGUCCGCACGUACAAAAUUUAGCAUCGUUAACACAACAAUUGCCACCGAAUUUAAAUUUAUCAAAUCUUAUGACACGAACGGCAGCCGGCUAUCAAACGGCUAGCUUACAAUCGGCAACACAAGGCAUUCCAACAUCACCGGCUGGUCUUCAUACACCGGCUGGUAUGUCACAUUCAUCCAUUCCAUAUGGAAUUUCACCAGCCGCCCUUCAAUUUGCCACAUUCCCAACGUCAAUGUCUCCAUAUAAUCCAAUGCUAUUGUCACCACAUUCAUUGGCCUCGUUGCAAUUGAAAGCGCCACAAAUGCAAACACCACAUUCACGUUCAUUUGCAACACCGUCGCAUACACAUACGCUUACGUAUACGCAUGCAUUACAACAGCAACACCAACAUCAACAACAGCAGGCGGCAGCAUCCAUUCAAUCGAUGAGCCAAAUGCCAGCUCAUAUGGCCAAUUUUCAACAACAACUUUCGAUGAAUGCAAAUGCAGCGGCCGCAACAUCGCUAAUGCACAGCAUUAAACGAUCAUAUGAAAAUGCUUUUCAUCAAGAUCCAUCGACAAUGCAUCAUCAAAAGCGUCCAACACAAUUUACCGGCACUGGUAUUUUGUGAACUAAUACCGACAUUUUGAAUGCAAUCGAAAAGCAUAUGAACACACAUUCGCUUAUUUGAACGUUCGUGAUCUUGAUAUUAUCUCUAUCUUUGAGGCAUUUGAAUCUUCCAAUGCGUUUUUCUUCGAUUUUUUUGAGAAUCGUUUCUUUUUUUUUUAGUUAAGUUAUGAAUUUAAUUCAAAAAAUGACCGAAAAUGACAAUGUGCAAUUGAAUUUUUCAAUAAUAUUAUUUAUUAUUAUUAUUUCGUAUCCGAAAUGGAUUCGAAUCAACGAUGGUUGAUUGAGACGAUCAUUCGUUAUUGAUGACAAACAAUAUAAAUGACAAUUCGAGCGAAAGUGAAGAGCAUACAAAACCGUAAACAAAAAUUCAUUCGACAAAAGACCAUGAUAUACAUUUUCAUUUUAUUCCUUGCAAAUUGACGGGACUUGAUGUUUGAAAACAAAAUUACUAUUUCAAAAAAAUUGUUUUAUAUAUAUAUAUAUAUUUGUUAUUGAAUUAAAUGUACUAAUCUAGCGCACACUACAUACACAUACACUCCUAUCUGUCUCUCUUUUUCUCUAUACGGAAAAUGACACACACAUAUACACAUACACACACACAAGAACUCUGUUGAUUCAUCAGCUAAAACAUUAUUUUUUGUUGUUGUUCCAUUUUGAUCAUAAAUUUAAACGAAACACAUUUUGAUUAGUUGAAGACACACAUAUAAAAGUGAAAAGAUAAAAAAAAACCCUUUGAACUUAACUUUGAUUAAUGUUGGAAUUAUUAAAACGCACAUACAUCAUUCAUGAUUAAUUGGAAUGAACUGAUAUGAAAUAAGCAAGCCUUGAACAUAUUAACGUGUAGUUAAAAUUAGGAUGAAGUUAACAUACAUUUUUUUAUAUGAAUAUAUUUAGGGGAAAGCAAAUUCAAAAAAAAAAAAAGAUCACCAACAAAUGGGAAAAAAUAAAAGCCACAUUUUCCUAGGCAAAUCGAACGAACAAUAAUGAAAGCAAUACGAUUUGAAUGGCUUUUCAUUGUAAAAAUUUUGAAAAAAAAAACUAUGUAUUAAUUAAUUCAUGGCAAUCGAGUGUUUGGCACAUAUAAAAAAAAACAAAGUUUCAUACACAUUAUUCAUAAAACCCUCCGCAUAUACAAUUAACAUAGAAAGUGGUUUAAUUUUUUUUUAUCUUAAGGGACUUUAAUUAUACAUAUACAUUUAAAAAGAACGGCGAAAAUCGAAAAAUGGCAAUUUUGUUGUGGAUUUUUCUUUUUUUCUUAAAAAGAGAUUUAACAAAACAAAGUAAUUCAUUGGGUUUGACAAUGUGGAAUCCUGUUUUAGAGUUUAAAAUGUGCACGCACAAAUUAGUUACAUUUUGGAUAUAAAUAUAUAUAUUUUUUUAUAUUAAGUUAG